UCCUGGCAAAAUGUUUUCAGUGGCUGAAUUUAGAAAUGGUUUUUUUUUGUGACCGAAUGUCUGCUUAUUUUUUGUUCUCAGAAACUUCCCAGGCAUUCACAGCUCUUCUUUUUUUACACCAUCAGUGCAAAGAAGGAAAGCUUGGUCUUAAUUGUGGGGGAAAAAGCCCUUUUCAACCACAUUAAAUCUGGAAUUGGGGGCGGGAGUCUAACGCAAGAAAUAGGGUGUUCUGUCUUUUCACACCUGGUCUCACUUAUCACCUGCCAGCUUGUACUCAUACCCCCUCACACACAAAAUCUUAUUCUGCAUUCUUUGCCUUCCUUUCCAGUCUUGAUGCAGAGUCUCAGCCCAAAGCAUUGAAUGUUUAUUUCUUUCCAUAGGUACUGCCUGACUGCUGACUUUCUCCUGCAUAUGUGAUCUGUCCCUCUGCCAAUCAAUAGGAUUGUGACUGAUCUGAAGGAGUUGCAGAUCACACCUGGACCAUGUUGACCAUCAACCACCCCUGACUCUGCUCCCAUGGGAGCGUGUUCCGGUCAAGUUCAUUGCAGUAUGAGCACCAACCGAGAAAGCAAGGCAUUGAAGAUCAAGAGGGAGUCAGGUGAGAACACACCUGUGCUGUUGGACCAGGACCUGGUGUCGAUGUCUGUGCGGGAGCUGAACCACCACCUGCGCGGCCUCUCCAAGGACGAAAUCCUGAACCUGAAGCAGCGGCGACGGACCCUGAAGAACCGGGGCUAUGCGGCCAGCUGCCGGGUGAAGAGGGUAACUCAGAAAGAAGAGUUGGAGCGCCAGAAGGCCGAGCUGGAGCAGGAGGUAGAGAAGCUGGCAGCGGAGAAUGCGGACAUGAAGACGGAGCUGGAUGCGCUGCGCUCCAAAUAUGAGGCCCUUCAGAACUUUGCUAGGACGGUGGCGUGCGGAACCAUUGCCCCCACGAAGGUCAACACGACCAGUGUGAUCACCAUUGUGAAGUCCUCCAACCUCUCCCGCUAGCACUGCCUCACCAGGGCCAGAUUCAACAAGAGGGCCACUGUCCUCGGGGUGGGGAAUUUUCUUUAUUUUGGCUUGAAGGUAAGAAUUUUGACAACGUCCAAGCCAAGGUUUACAAGGCACAAAAAAAACUCUUCUCUUCUUUCCCCCAGGACGCACAAUACCCCAGGAAGCCUUCUUGCGGAAUAAUUGAGGUGGGGAAGUACUUGUGGGGGUGGGGUUUGGUAGCGUUUUGGGGCGGGUUGGACAAGGGCAAUCGCUGGAGAGAGUGGAGUGGCACGCACUUGGGCUGAUCACUGUUGUUAAGUGGCAGACCCUACUUAGCCUGCACCCCACAGAUAAAUCCAUCCGGCUCCUGGUCUCCCUCAGCCCAAGUCGAACCAUCAAAUGUCCAGAAAAUCAGAGCAAUUGAAAGGAAAAGGCUGGACCUGUACAGCUGACUGGGCAACAGUUGCAAAGGGGGAGGUGAUGGUGUGUUUGAAAAGCAGAUGAGAGGAUCAGUGAAAUCCUGGCUCAUUGGUAGCCUGAAUCCAUGAAUCCAUCUUUUUCCCCCGUAUCUAUUGGUUGAUAUUGGUACCCUCCCCAUCAGAAGGAAGUAUGGGCCACCCCCUUUGUAGUCUCUGCCCAAUCUGCUGUGCCUUUCCGGUACAUUCCACCAAAGUAUCCCGAGAAGGAGAUAUCCCACAGAACUAAGCACUGUUUCAAUACCAGAACAUCUGGAUUGCUAAGCACGACGAAUGCUAAUCACAAUAGCUAUUUAAGGGAAAACUAAGUUUGAGCUCUAAUUUAAUGAAGUUGAGAAGUCUCUUCUGCUUAUUGAUUGUGUUUUAAAGUUCUCUUUUUUUUUUACCAACAGCAGUGCCAGGAUUUAUUUUGUUGACAGGUGGGUGGUUACCAUGGAUACUGCCUGGUGCCUGGGCGAUAUAACACAGGGAAGGUUUUAUUACAGAUGUAUCUUGCCGUUGAAUGUCUUGUUCUAUUUUCUCAUGUGAUACCUUUCUUUGUCUUAAUUAACGGGACUCUAUUUAUGGAGUUAUAUAUGUAAAACAGAAAAAUCUAUAUAGAUAAUUGUGGUUGCUCAUUGCGCAAGAGUAUUUAUGACAGGAAGUGAAAACAUCAGUUCUUCAGGGAGUUGAGCCACAAGUGAAGAGGUCAAUUUGGGUUGAUUCCAGUCAAACACAACUAAAAUUGAAAGCUGGGUACAUCUCGUGUUUAUAUCUUCACCGUGGAUGCCAGGAAGCUGGGACACAUCACAGAAGUAGCUAAUUUUAGAGUUUGUGGCCUCUUGUAAAUUGUUUGGAGCCAGUGCCACAAAUGGUGACUGGGUAGCUUUGUAUUUUCCUCACGAAGAGAAAAGUAGGGAGAUUUUGGGAGAAAGAUUUUCUUCUCAGGCAUAAUUCCAAAUUCACUUGCGUCAGGGACCAAGGCUGCCACUGUAGGGGAAGGGUUGGACGGGAACCUGGAACCAGUUGUCAUGAGGGAGGAGGAGGGGUGAUCGUAGUUAGCACUGCAGUGCUAAGUACUUUGGGGGCAGCAUAUCGCUAUUACAGCACCUGUGAUGUGGGCUCAACUCCACAACUCUCUGUAAGGAGUUUGUACGUUCUCCUAGUGGCCGCGUAAGUUUCUUCCAGGUGCUCGUUUCCUCUCACAUUCAAAACGCCGUAUGAGUUAGCAGACUGAUUGCUUACAUGCACGUAAUUGGGCGGUGGGGGCUCACUGGUCCAGAAGGAUCUGUCACCCUGCUGCAUCUCCAAAUAAAGUUAAAAGAAAUAGCAACUAGGUAAAAAUGCACCUGAAAAAAUGAAACAUUUUUGAGUGGCGAGAAGGCACAGAAUAUGAGAGGCAGCUACAUUGGUAAUUGGUUUAUUAAGCUCACAUAUACUGAGAUACAGUAAAAAACCUUGUUUUGCCUGCCACCCAGACAGAUCUUUAGAGACAUCAAUGAAGUAUGGAAGAAAAAGUAAGAACAGAAUGCAGUAUAACUAUCUCUCCAUUGUAAUGUUAAUUUGGAGCCAUGAUAUUAAUUGGGAUGCUGUCCUUGUUGAUGGUUUUAGUGUUCUGGGACAAUGUUUUAAGUGUGUGAAUGUUUCACAUGGAGAGGAGAGGUUGCACUCUCUCCUGGAUCCUGAAAUUCAACUGAGUAGCAGGCGGGGAGUAGUGUAGGAAGGGAACUGAAUUCUGAGGCUUGGUGAGUUCAGUACUUGAAACCUCAAGGGCUGGUUGGGGUAUAGAGCGAGAAGUUGUGAGCACGAGUACAUUCUUAACUCCUGUCGGAAGAGCCAAAAUUCUGAUCUGGAAAACAUCCAGAUGCUAAUGCACACCUUCUUUACAGCAGUUGUCCUGGGACAAACCACUAACUAGUACCAGUAUUUCUAUUUGGAUGUAGUGUGCCAAACUUAAGUGAAUUUAUAUGGAACCGAGAUCAGCCAAGUAAGGACACCAAAAGAUAACAAAUUCCUCCCUCACAAACAAGAGAAAAUCUGCAGAUGCUGGAAAUCCAAAGCAACACACGCAAAAUGCUGGAGGAACUCAGGUCAGGCAGCAUCAAUGGAAAAGAGUACAGUCGACGUUUUGGACUGAGACCCUUCAGCAGGACUGUACUCUUUUCCAUAGAUGCUGCCUGGCUUGCUGAAUUCCUCCCUCACCAGUUUUUGAAGAAAUGUUUCGCACACUGCUCCUUGUCUAACCUCAGUGUCUAUUUUGUGACCCCUGACAUAACAACAAAGCCAAAGUUGGCGGAGGAGAUUGGUUAAUGCAGAAGUUUAUCCUGGCCUGGAGUUGAUUGUUUUUAUUGCAGAGAUUUUGUUGAGUUCAGUUCCACUCAGAUAAGCAAAUGUGAGUGGGCAGUUCCCUGGACUUAAAAUACGACUUCAUUCUGCUUGUUUUUUGUCUUUUAGCCCAGUUAUGUCCGACCACUGAUUGUUGAGCUUUGGAGCAGGGGUCCUGGUCUAAGUUUCCAUCUGAGCUGGUCUCACUUGGGGUGGUGGAGAGCAGUUGGAUCUGGAAGUUGAAAUAGAGGGAAAUCUGAAGGGUGAAAGGGCAGGGAUUCACCUUGGCUCACCGGGGAAGCACUUCAGUAACAAUGUUGUCAAUGCAGAUGUUAAUAUAUUUGUUCUUUCUAAUUUUCGUGAAGUGUUACUGUAACUUAAGACCAUAAGACGUUGGAGCAGAAUUAGGCUAUUUGGCCCAAUGAGUCUGCUCCGCCAUUUCAUCAUGGCUGAUCCAUUUUUCCUCUCAGCCUCAAUCUCCUGCCUUCUCCCCGUAACCUUUGAUGCCCCGACUAAUCAAGAAACUAUCAACCUCUGUCUUAAAUAUACCCAAUGGAUUGGGCUCCACAGCUGUCUGUGGCAAUGACCUCCAUAGAUUCUCCACUCUUUGGCUAAAGAACUAAAGAAAUUUUUCCUUAUCUCUUCAAAAGGAAUAGUUAGGAGACUGAGCCCUCUGGUCCUAGACUCCCCCAUUGUAGGAAAUGUCUCUCCAUACUCACACUAUCUAGGCCUUUCUAUAUUUGGCAGAUUUCAAAGAAAUCCCCCUUGUUCUUCUAAACUCCGGCGAGUACAGGUGCAGAGCCAUCAAAUGCCCCUCAUAAAGAGCACAGCAGAAGAUUUGCAGCGGUCUGUAACUUAAAGAACAUGCUAAACGCUUUCUUCUCCCACCACCCCCACCCUGCUCCACACAGCUUUGUAGAGAGUUGGUAAAAUGUUUUGAGCGCCGAUGUUCUUUUAGGUGGUGAGUGAGAGCACAGGAUUCCAUCCCCUGCUUUCGCUCUUGACUUCAUGAUUCCUGUGGUGCUUUCAGUUAAAAACACAUGAGACUGACAUUUCUGUAAACAAGAGUUGCAAAGAGAGUCACCUAACCGUGAAGAAUGCAGUGACACAUGAAAAGUAAACAGCCCUCCGGGUCAAACACUAGCACUCCCAGAGAGAACACAGAGAGGAGCUAACGCCCUAUUAUUACCCAAUGAACAAAGUCCAUGAACCCAUUAACCGAUCAUGUCAGACGUGGGUGAUGUGACCACAGUGUGGUCCAUCGCCAGGAGAGGAGUUAUUUGCAGAUGAGGCAUAAGUGAUAAAGGACUUGUGUGAACAACACCAUCAAGAUUGGAGCUAAUUGUACAGGCAUACUCCAACCACUGGUCAACUUAAACAGAAGACAGUGCAAAUUUUCCAGUUGCCUGUGAAUUUGUGUUGAUUUAGAUGCAGGACAUCACUGGGGCUAUUUUAGCCUUUCCCACUGUGGUAUUUGGCUUACGGGACUGAGAAAUUUGAGUGUAACAUUAGCAAGAUCAUGUGUCAUACCACAAGACUUGUAUUACGUCAAGAGACCAGCAGGAUAGCAGGAAACUUGUACCCGACGGAAGGAGUGCCUAAAACUAGAGGGCAUAAGGUGCAAUAGGGUGAGAAGGGAUCUGAGAAAAGACGUGUGCUAUGCUUACGUAAGGUGUGCGCAAAGUUGUUAAGUGUUGGGGAAUGUGUAAUAGGGGACGUUGCAUUGCAGAGUUAGCAGAAACAAUAUUGGAAACGUUUUACAUGAAUCUGGCCAGAAACCAGUGGAGAUGUGUUUGUGAAAUCCUCCAACUCCACCCUGUUUUAUGGUUGUGGGAGAUACAAUGAAGAGACACAAAAGAGUCUACAGACACUGGAAUCUGGAGCAAAUGGAGGAACUCAGUGGGUUAAGUAGAGGCUGUGGAGGGAAGUGGGAAGUUGGUCUUUCUUGACUUGAAAUAGUCUUGGGUAUAGAUGAAGUCUCAGCCUAAAAUGCCAAGGCUGGAGAAUGGGGUUGAGAGGUAUAAUAAAUCGGCCAUGAAGGAAUGGUGGGGUGGACUCAAUGGGCCGAAUGGCCUGAUACUGCUCUUGUGUCUUCUCAUCUCACAAGAUGCAUAACGCACAGCCUGAGACAGUUGUGAAGGCAGACGCUCUCACAACAUUUAACAAGCAUCUAGAUGAGUGCUUGAAUCACCAAGGUGCAGAAGGAUGUGGAUUAAGGGCACGUGAAAGCUGGCAUAAACAUGCUGAGGUGAAAGCCGUUUGAUGUUCAAUUUAAACAUAGAUUAAAAGAGAUCAGUAUCUUGAGGUCUUAACUGUUAGUUCCACAAUAAUGACAUCUCCCUAAGUGACACCUCAGUUGGUAUUCACAGCUUUAAGAGCAGUGCCGAGGGAAUUCUGUGGCAUUGGAGGGACUGUCUUUCAGUCUUAGCUUCUGUUCAGGCAAAGAAAAAGGUGGCAGAUUAUUUUGCUGCUCUGCUAAUCAACCAACAAAUCCAACUGCCCCAUCUCACAGCACUUUGAAAAUCAAAAUAAACUGUGAAGACGGGAAUUCUGAAAUCGGAUUUUGCCGGAAAGCAGCUGGUGCUGCGCUUGCCUUUGAGGGCCUCAGAUUGGUUGGGACGUUCUUUAGCUUGAUCCAAGAGUCUGGCAAAGGGGUGAAAUUUGUCCUUGAUCCAUUGAGUCCAAGGUAAUGGCAAUGCUAUGUUUACUUCUGCGGUUCAGCGUAGAAGAUUAGCAACAAAUUUUUAUACUAAAUCUCACACUGUUCUGGAAGUAAAGAGCUGCUCUGUUGCACUAUGUUCCAGACACUCUAAACUUUUAAAAUAAAAAGUGAGCAUCAGACCAAUCAGUUUGAUUCUUUGAACUCCUGGUUAAAGGCCAAAGGAGUUCUAGUAAGAUUAGUGCUUCAGAAUACUGAAGUCAUGAAAACAACACAAUGACACAUCAACUUUGUGAUCUGAUUUUUAAAAAAAUUUGAUAUUUGGAAGUGAUUUUUUGAGCGGAUGUACUUGAAUGCUAAACAGGAUGGACUGGGCAAAAUAUUAUCCUUGGAUCAGGAUUAGACACCACAGUGUUAUGCCUGGCAAAGAAGUCAUGUAUAAAUAUGUGGAAUUAGGCAGGAAAAAUUUUAUAUUGGAAUUCUGUAAUUGUUGUGUGUACACCAAAGGGUGAGUGGGUGUGAGGAAGUUAUGCAGUUGAGGCGAACUAGGAAGGAAGUAGUAACAGAUAAAGAUGAGAUCAAUUAGUUAUUCAGGAAUGGGGCACGUUGGGUAAUUUUCUUUAUAGGAUGAGGCUGGAGAACGUGGUUGAGAGGGAUAAUAAAUCAGCCAUGAUUGAAUGGUAGAGUAGACCAUUCAACCAUUCUAUGUACUCAACAAACAAUCCAGGAACUCUCGAGAGCUGGAAAGCAAUGAUCAAUGUUUCUGACUACAUACAAUGCUUCUGUGAUACCUCUCACACACAGUAGUUGCGUCUUAAAAUAGCUAGGGUCAAGAUUGUGAUACAGUGUAUGCUUUAAAUUUUUGGAACUGGACAAAGAUGGGGUUUGUAAAUGCUACUCUUAUAAACAAAGAAUGUCUUUUAUACACUGCAUAAACACAUAGAAUGGAGUACAUUAUUAAGCAGUGACUAUUGCUUUCAGACUAUUGGCUGCAGUGAUUAAAAAGCCUCCCGGAAAGAUGGAUGCCGUCAAUACCAUUUCAUUGUUGGGCAUCAUCAUGAGAGCAUUGCAAUGUUGCUGGAGGUUAAUUUCCAUAAGAUUGCCCCAGCCUUUGCUCUUUCCAGAAACACGUUGUGACCUCUUGGGCAUUUUCUUACAGGUCACUUCUUCUCCACCCUGUCUGUCUGUCUCUCUCUCUCUUUCUCUCUCUCUCCCCCUUCUCUCUCUGUCCCCCUCCCUCUCUCCUCCCCCACUCCCUCUCUCCCUGUGUCACACCAGUGGUGUGCAGAAGAGCGAUUCUGCAUGCACAGCACAUCAAACCUUGGUGGGCUACAGCAGCUGACAACCAUGAGCGUACACUCAGUGGCCACUUUAUUCGGUACACUCUCGUACCUAAUAAAGUGGCCACUGAGUGUAUUAAUUCCCUUCAUUAUUAACUACUUAUCCACUUGGCAACUGUGUCCUCACACAUCAGUGGUACCUUCAUCCUCCCUCACCCUCACUGCAAAUUAAAUCAAAUGCCUGAUUUGUUCAUGUUGAUUCUUCAAUGCACCAAGGUGCAUUGGUGAAUCAAAGUGCUUUCCAAGGGAGGGGAAUGGGACAUUCAGCCUGCAGAUAAAAGAGCUCAGAGACAUGGGAGCUAUGAAGGUGGGCUUACUGACUUGCAAUUGCAAUUCAUUUAGUGUUAUCACCUGUACUGAGAUGCAGUGAAAAGCUUUUUGUUUGCUGCCAUCCAGACAGAUCACGGCGUACAUAGUUACAGAGGUAGUAAACAGAAAACAACAAAAAAAAGCCUUCCCUGUUCUGUGGAAGGAGUUUCUACCUCCUCCCCAUGUCCUUGUGGGUUUUUUCUAGGAGCUCCUGUUUCCUUGCACAUCACAAACACCUAAGGGUUAGUAUGUUUAAUUGGGUGGCACCGGCUUGUUGGGCCAGAAGUACCUAUUAUCAUGCUGUUUCCUUAAUAAGUAAAUAAGAGUGCAGAAUACAAACAUGAGAUUCUGUAGAUGUUGAAAUAUUGAACAAUACAGACAAAAUGCUAGAGGAACUCAGCAGCCAGGCAGCAUCCACGGAGAGGAAUAAACAAGCCAUCAUUUGGACCAAGACCUUUCAUCAGGACUGGAGAAGAAGGAGGAAGUCCUUUCCAGUUCUGAUGAAGGGUCUCAGUCUGAAGCACUGACUGUUUUUUCCCUCUCCAUAGAUGCUGCCUGGCUUGCUGAGUUCUCCCAGUGUUUUGGGGUAGAAUGCAGAAAACAAGGGUCAAGUUAUGUUACAAGAAAGUGCAAGGGUCAUGACGUAUGUUGAUUGAGAGAUCAAGAGUUGAUCUUUGUUGUAUGAGAGGUCAGUUCAGGAAAUGUAGAUGAGGGUGAAUGCAAGUGGAAUAGAAAGAGUGGAGGAUGUGCAAAAAGGCAUUGAUCGCAGAACUUAGGUGCUGAUUAUUAUAAUGGAAGGGUUUGGAACCACAGGCAAAUCGAUAAACUUGGUGGAGAGGGAGAACGCUGAAUUAAUAAGAGGAACGUUUCCUGUUUAUUUCCUGGAAUUUGCUGCAGUGAGCCCCUCUGCUGGCCAGGGUCAACCAUGGAUAUUGCAUCCCAGCUGCCUAAUAAUACGCAAGCCAGUAGACGAGCUUUGGCAGUGCAAUACGGCAGGCGAGCUGUUGCCCAUGUAGCCGGCUACCCCUCUUCACGCAGCUGAUGAACCCAAAGCAGUGUCAGAGACAAAUACAGUUUGGCAUGUCGCAAGAGUUUCCAGUCAGCGUUAAACCCAACAUAGGGCUCCAGAUCCAGAUUUUUUUCCUCGGGAUUUACUCCAGAAGCCUUCCCCGUGAGUGCCUAUAGCUGCAAGGCAGUGGAGGUUUGAGAUCAGAGUUUUCCUUCUCCUAGGUGAGCUGUCAGUUGUGCCUGACCAGCACCAUCUGCCUGAAGUGACUGGUUUUAAAGCGCAUUUGCCCAUCCAAUUCCCUUUGGAUCGGCACUUAAGGGAAAUCAGAUCAGUGGAUUGUUCUACGUAGGCUGGAUGGUAUCCUGCCUGUUGAUAGAGAAAUGUUUUGUGUAAGAUUUGUUUUAUUUAUUUAUUUAUUGAGAUACAAUGCAAAAUAGGCCCCUCCUGCCCUUCAAGCCAUGCCACCCAGCAAUCCCCUGACUUAAUCCUAGCCUAAUCACAAGACAAUUUACAAUGACCAAUUAGCCUACCAACCAGUACGUCUUUGGACUGUAGGAGAAAACUGGAGCACCCAGAGGAAAUCCAUAUGUUCACCGGGAGAAUGUACAAACUUAUUGGAUUUAAUAUUGGUACUGUUGAAAUUUUUGAGCUGACUUCAUUGAAGGAGAGUCAAAAAUUGUCACAGGGCAGAGAACUAGAAAACAAAACACAGUGUUCCUGGAGAACAGAGGUGAUUGCUUGAGAAUGGGAUGAAGCAGCAUGGGUACCACAAGGCCAAAAUCAGUGAUCUGUUUGAUUGAGAUGAGAUUGACAAACCUGGAUGGGGAAGUGUGGCCACAACUAUCAGGUGAUCCAUAAAGCAAGAGACACUUCCCAGAUUAUCUAGUUCUCUGCCUCUCUUUGGCCUGUAAUCUGAAAGGGUGAAACACUGGAAGAUUUGAGGUGGGGGUUGGGGGACUUUACAUUUAGAAUGCUCGGCUACAAGUUCAUUCUGACAAAUAACGCAACUUGCCCACAGACACACACACACAAGAAAGGGCAUAAACUCUAUCACACAUACCAGCAGUUCAACAGGUGACAAAGAAAUUGUCACGACACUGAAAGAACUCAGAAGAUCAGUCCAGUCUCAGUGUGAAACAUAUCAACUGUCCUUCUUCCUCCAUAGGUGCUUCCUGAAUGUCGGGUUCCUCCAGAACCUUUGUGUGUUGCUUCAGAUUUCAGCAGUCUCUUGUGUCUCUAGAAAGUUUGUCAUUAGUCCUCCUUGGCUGUGGAUUCACCUAUUCUUGGGUUUCUUCAUGCCCUGCCUUUGUGAGGGAUGGAGGAGGGAAUUGCUUGCAAAUUCCCCCAGCCAAAAUAACUCCACUCAAGGGCUCUUAAGACCCACACUUGCCACGUUACUAAGUAACAUCACCCAGUGGGUUGCUUGAGUUAUUUUAACAGCCUUCCCACAUCCUGUAAAACAUGGGUAGGAUAUGUGGUUUAACAGUAGCAUCCGUCUGUCUAUUUUUUUACCAUGGUGGUCAGCGCAUUACGUCACACAGACACAUGCCUCCACAACCUGACAUCAGAAGCAUGACUGAAACUGCUUAAAAAUAAAAUGUUCAAAUUAAUAUUGCUUCCAACACCUUUUACUCUAGAACAUGCAGGUUUAAUUAGAACUUCAUGGAUAAAUGUUAUAGACUUUGGGCUCUGGGUUAGGAGAUGUUAUCUAUGGAGGGGAUUAAGUUAAUGUUUAGGGCCGAGACCAUUCAUGAAAGAUCCCAGCCCGAAACAUCAACUGUGUAGUCCUCUCCAGCUUGUUCCGCACUCAAGUGAAGAAGUUCCCCCUCGUGUUCCCCUUAAACAUUUCACCUUUCAACCUCAGAUCUAGUUUCAACCAACCACAGUGCUUGUAUUUAUCCUAUCUAUAUGCCUCAAUAACAGUUACCACUUUGACCAUUCAGUUUGAACCAAUUAGCACAGCCCUCCUCACUACCUCAGUGUAGCAACUCCUGAUGGAAGGUCAUAGCCCAAAACAGCGACUGUGUACUACUCUCCAUAGAUGCUGCCUGACUUGCUCAGUUCCUCCAACAUUUUGUGAGCAUUGCUUAAGAUUUCCAGUUUCCGUAGAAUCUCUUGUGUUUAGCUCCAUAUUAGCUCCUAGCUUGUAAAGUUGUGGUUGUGCAAGAAAUCGUGCAGUUAAACCCAGGGCGGUUAUCUACCCAGAAUACUUAACUGACAGAGAUAUUUUUUUUUAACCUCCCACUUCCUGCACCAUCUCCAGACCACAAGCACAGAUGAAUUUGCCUUUGUGGCCCAAAGGAGGAACGACAGUUUUCCUUCUCUCCCAUGACUUGGCUUCAGGGGGCCUCAGCAAGCCUCAGGCACUUUCCUCAAUCCUCCUCUUGCACUGGCAAGUGUCGCCAUCCUCGAUAGUCUCCCUUCCUUCUCCCACUCCCCUGGAAUGAAAGGGUUUGAUGGCUCUGGGCCUGUACUAGCUGAAAAUUAAAAGAAUUGCGAGGUUGGGGGUCUCAUUGAAACCUAUCAAAUAUUGAAAGACCUAGUUAGAAAGGAUAUGGAGAGGAUGUUUCCUGCGGUUGAGGGGGGAGGGUGGGUCUAGGAUCAGAGGGCACAGACUCAGCACAGAGGGGCAUCCAUUAGAACUGUGAUGAGGAGUAAUCUCUUCAUCCAGAGGGUGGUGAAUCUGUUGAAGUUAUUACCACAGAUAGCUGUGGAGGCCUAUUUAUUGGGUAUAUUUAAUGCAGAAGUUGUUAAUUUCUUGAUUGGAACGGCAGAGAAGACCCUAUGGGCCAAGUGGGCUAAUUCUGUUCCUAUGUCUUAUCUGCCAAAUUUAAUUUGAACUUUGAAGCGGCGCUGCAACACAGCAGCUGCAUAGCAACUCCUGGGGCUCGGGUUCAAUCUGGACCAUCUUGACUUGACACGUUCUCUCCAUGACACGGGAUCACCGCGAGUUGCUCCAAUAACAUCCCACAUCCUGGGGGGCUUCAUUGCCUGACCCUCGGUAAAUAGUAACGAGGAUGAAAGGGAGGUUGAUGGGCAUGUAAGUUGAGGAGAGAACGCAGGGUGGGAAAAUGGUACCAAUGGAUUGCUCUACUGGGAGCUGGCAUGGACAUAAUGGGCCAAAUGGUAUCCUGCUGUAUCAUUACAAGUUAAUAUACCUGCCAAGAGCCUAUCUGAAGUUGGGGAGAGAGGAAAUAGCAAAGCAAUGAAGAUUGGAUAGAACUAUGACUCUCCCCUGAGGAAGGGUCUACAUUCUAAUUGCAAAGUAAUAUUUUUUUUCUUUAGAAGACACGUGGUAUUUAUAAACAGAGGUAUAAUUUAUAUUUAACCAUAACACUGACUAACACACUCAUGCUUUCCUUCCUCUGGGAAGGGGUAGUUGGGAGUAAGUUGUAUUGUAGGGCUUGUAAAGGACCAGAUGGGUAUGUUUGAGGACUCCCAUGGAUACAGUGGUAGUUAGAACAAAUUUUUGACUGGUGACUUAAGGCGCUGCUCUGAGAACUGAUUUUAUUAUUUAUUGCAUAAAUUAUUUCAUUUUUUCUGUCCUAUAAAACUUGUUUGUAGAUAUUAAAGAUGUACUUUUUAUAUUAUAUGACCACGUCUCUAAAAAAAUCCACAUAUUUAUUUCUUUGUAAAAUUAAUGUACCUUGAUGCAUUUAUUUUGUAUACUGUACCAAUAAAGACAUUU